CUCGUGAGUAGCCAUUGUCGCUAGUCAAAAGUUGGUUCGCGCUUUAUAAACUGUAGUUGAUGAGAAAAAAAUGCCUGCCAUUUUGAAGGUACGGGUUAUAUCAGCUAGGGAUCUCCCGAUAAUGGAUAAAAGUACGGAGUCCACUGAUGCCUUUGUUGAGGUUAAAUUCAAUGAUGUGUGCUUUAAAACUAGUGUUUGCCGAAAAACACUUUGUCCCACCUGGAACACCGACUUUAGAUUUGAAGUAGAUGCCGAAAUACAAAACGAUAUCCUUGAAAUUAAGAUUUAUGAUCACGACUCUUACAGCGCCAAUGACGCUAUUGGAAAAGUGUAUAUAGAUUUAAGCCCGUUAACUAUGACUAACGGUCCCACUCUCCUUCAAGGCUGGCAUCCCAUAUACGACACCUUAAGAGGCAUAAGAGGCGAAAUUAAUUUAAUUGUAAAACUUCACUUUUUCAAUAAUGAAAACAAAUUUCGCGAUACUUCAAUUGGAGUUAAAAUUUUCGCUUUGAAUGAGUUUCCGAGUUGUUACAGUUUAAUCAAAGUUCACUCAUUCGUUGAAGAACUGGUGGUCAGCACGGAUCCUGAAUACCAGUGGGUUGACAACUUUCGGUCCAAUCGAGCCAGCAACGAUGCUCGGGUCCGUCUGCUUUACCGUCUCACUGGUUCUUUGAAAAGGAAACUUGGUCUGAAGGCGUUGGAUCUGGGGGGCAACGCCAUCGUCGGCUACCUGCAGGACUUUGAUAUUGAAGGCGAGUAUGGGCUGGUGGCUCGCGGUAUCGGGACUGUGGUGACUCUGCAAGAAUUUGAACCUGCCAUGGCUUCGCAGGGGCCGGCGCUCCUCCUCUUUCAGGAUCCAGCACGAGCACAAUGCAAAGGCUCAUUGAAUAGAUCUGGACAGGGUGACUUGUCCGUGCAUCGUUUCUACAGUCACCACUUAAAGUCAGUGUUCCCUUUUUAUACGCUGAGCCAUUGGCCGUCCUCUGUUAUUCAGUCUAUUGGGGGAUUCGUUACCGCGAGAUCCGUCAAGCUUCUUAGUAAAAUAGAAGAGCCAGAUGAGCCGGAAACCAGAGACGCAUGGUGGCAUGAAAUCCGCAGUGAAAUUGACUCCCACGCAAAAGUGCUUGGAUGCUCGGUGGUUAUUGGCUAUACCGAAACCACUACCAUCUGUGACGAGCUUUGCAUCCUCUCAGCCACUGGAACAGCCGCAAAUUUGGCAUUUACUUCAGCUAAGGAUGAACCAUACAAACAGAGCCCUACGUUUUAUGGAAAAGAUAAAAUAGCAAGUCUUUCCAAAACUGUUUCAAAUAAAAAGGUGGAGUAUAAACUUUGCAAUCUCCUCGGAGUCGCGAAUAACUCGGCCGAAACUGUAUGCCCUGCCGGGUUUUCCCACGUCCCUUUCACUAAAAAAGAUUCUCCUUUCACCAACAAACCCCAAAAAUGCAGAUCUUGUCAAAAAUUUUAUGUGCCCGAUAUCCUUAUUUGCACGCUCGAGUUGCAACCGGGGUCUCAGCUGGGAAGCCUCCUAAUAGAGAGCUUGUGUGUGGAAGCGAGUGUUUGUCGGGCCAAGAAGAAGCUGCAGGGCGAAAGCAACGCCAUUGUUGUCAGCGAGGUGUUGCCGUUUAUUGAAUACGAGCUCCACCGGCAACUGCUCAAUAAGUUGAAGCUCCAUGCUAUGAACGCCAUCUUUGGCUUGUCGGUUCAAAUUUCCAUAAGCGAAAGUGUGAUCUCAGCUUUGGCCGUGGGAACUGCCGUUUUCAUAAAGAGCCUUCCUUUGCUUCCUCCUAUUAAAAUUAGUCGUUCGCUUCAAGUUCUUGACGAAGAGGAUCAAAAGUUGGUUUCCAUUCAGAAAAAAAUUAUCGAGAAGAGCGGGGAGCAGAGGAGAGCCCGCAUGGAAAGUGUCGCAUGGAAUUCUGAUUCGGACGACGCGGAUUCGAAAACCGACUCGAGCGACGAAAAUAUUUCUGAAAACAUUGCUCUUGAAUUGGCUAAAAGACGAUCUCUUGCGCUUGAAAUUGACGAUGAAGAGGACGAAGAUAACCUUGCUAUACUCAUGGAGCCACCGCCACUCUUUGGGCCUUCAGUGCAGUUUUCAACGCUUCAGGCCGUCCCGCCGGGGACAGAACAUUUAAGUUUUAUUAAUGCGCAGAUGAUAACCUCUUUGCACCAAGCAACUCUAGACGAAUCGUUUCGCAUCAAUCAGUCCUUUUCUGGACUUUUUAAAGAGAUAAAACAGUCAUUGCGCUUUAAACUGCGGCAUUUUAGCCCUUGUUGUGUCUUGGAUUUGAAAUUUGACGUCACGAUGAGCGAAGAAGAGAAGAACAUUGCGCAGAUAUUGACUUCCGCCAUGGUGGUGCCCUCAAAAAGCAAACAAUUUUCGGAAAAAUCGGACGACCUCCUCUUUGGUUCAGAAGAAGCCAAAUCUCAAGCUUCGCGGGAUUCUCUUAAAGAAAAAACUGUCUUUGUAGAAAUGACAACACUAAAUUAUGUCGUUGGAAGAAGGGUCGUUCGGUAUUUGAGUCACAUUGAGCUGUUCCUCAUUAAGGAAAAUGCUCUUCGUGAGACAGAUUCUGUUAGUGAAUUCAUACACGUGUUUGUCACUGAAGUCUACGCCAUUGCACGAGCACAAGUCCGGCUGCUGUGUGGAAAUGCGAUCUUGGCUUUGAAGUUGAGGAUCAUUGAUUGCAAUGCCGGUGAGGGGUACGUGUUGGUCAUGCUGAGCGGAGAUGUUUGUGUGAUUUCUUAAUUUUAUUAUAAACUUGUAAUUUGAUGUCCAGCUUGUAG